CACUAUAAAUAUUCAUCCCAAGAAGCGUGUGCUCUCCACAAGCUCUUCAUAUAACAUAAUUCUCAUAAAUUUCCUCCUUUUCCAUAUUAAGUAUUUCCCAACUUCAUUUCACCUUUAUCAUCCCACAUGGCCAACCUUGGAGCUAGAACCAAUGGAAUUUCAUCAAACCAAGUUGAGAUCCCUAUCCAUGCAAAUGGUGUGGAGUCAAAACCAAGCGAAGAGAGCAACAUUGACUACUCUCAAAGGGCUCAGUGGCUUCGAGCAGCAGUGUUGGGAGCCAAUGAUGGGUUAGUCUCUGUUGCUUCACUUAUGAUUGGUAUUGGAGCCGUUAAGAAAGAGAUCAGUGCCAUGCUUGUUGCUGGUUUUGCUGGAUUAGUUGCAGGGGCUUGUAGCAUGGCAAUUGGAGAGUUUGUGUCUGUGUACACUCAGUAUGACAUAGAGGUGACUCAGCUUAAAAGGGAGAGAGAGGCUAAUAACAAUGGAGGAAUGGAUGGAGAAUCUGAAAGGGAGAAGCUACCAAACCCUUUUCAGGCUGCAAUGGCAUCAGCACUGGCAUUUUCUGUUGGUGCAUUGGUGCCAAUGCUAGCAGCUGUGUUUAUAAGGAGCCACAAGAUUAGGAUGGGAGUUAUUGGUGGUGCAGUUAGCUUGGCAUUGUUGGUGUUUGGAGGGAUAGGAGCAGUGCUGGGAAAAACUCCAGUGAAGAAAUCUUGUUUGAGGGUGCUGAUUGGAGGUUGGAUGGCCAUGGCCAUAACAUUUGGCCUCACUAAAUUGGCUGGCUUUGCUGAACUUUGAACAUCAUCAGUUAGUACUUGUCAUUUAAGUUGUGGCUUCUUUGUUUAAGGGAAUAAGAGUGUGCUGUCACACUACAUAGCUCUCCUCCCUUUAGGAUAUUAGGAUUCAUUGAGUUUUCUAUGAUGUCUCCGAGCUUUAUUUCAAAUGUUUGCUUUUAGUAUUUCGUGUAGUAUGUGAAACUGUCACAGUGGAAAUAUAUGUAUAAUAUGUGUGUAUUGGUGUCAAUGUACCACUAUGUAUUAAUAUUUGAAGUUAAAU